AGCUAACAUCAGUCAGAAAGCAAGAUGGGCAUGACUUGGGCAGCCCAGAUGGGGCAAGGGAAGGGUUGCCCACUCACGCUGAUGGUGUUCUUGAUGGUUGCCCUCCUCCUGCCAGGAACCCUGGCUAAGAGCAUCCGGGCCUUCUCUGAUCCCUGUAAGGACCCUACCAGAAUCAUCUCUCCUAAUGACCCCUGUAUCACAGGGAGUAGGGGCUUCAGUGGCUUUGGUGGUUCCAGUGGCUCCAGUGGCUCCAGCACUUCCAGUGGUUCCAGCAGUUUUGGUGGUUCCAGUGGUUCCAGUGGGAGUUCCAGUGGCUCCAGUGGCUUUGGUGGUUCUAGUGGUUCCAGUGGAAGUUCCAGUGGCUUUGGUGGUUCUAGUGGUUCCAGUGGAAGUUCCAGUGGCUCCAGUGGCUUUGGUGGUUCUAGUGGGUCCAGUGGGAGUUCCAGUGGCUUCAGUACUUUCCACGGUUCCAGCAGUGGUUCAAACAGUGCCAGUGUUGGUUCCAGCAGCCCCAGUGGUUCCAGUGGGAGUUACAGUGGCUCCAGUGGUUCUAGCGGUUCCAGUGGGAGUUCCAGUGGCUUCAGUACUUUCCACAGUUCCAGCAGUGGUUCUAACAGUGGCAGUGUUAGUUCCAGUGGCCCCAGUGGUUCCAUGGGAUCAGGGUCCUUGCAGUAUAGUUCCUUUCAGUCUGGUUCUAACCCUAUCGUAUCAUCUAGCUGGUCAUCCCAGUCUGGAUCUGGCUCCUCUAAAUCGGGCUCUGUCAUUUCUCAGGCUUCUUGGAUAUCCUCUAGCGGCACUGGUGGCAGCCCUGUUUCUGUCUCUGGUCUGGCACCCUGUGGUCCAGACAAUCCUUAUUCACACUGUAGUGGAGGACCUCCUCCAGUCUCCAGUUCCCAGUCUAUAUCAGGGGGCCAUAAGCCUGUAGUAGUGGUGGUGGAACAGCAUGGUUCUGGGGGCAACCGGAUAGUAGGGGGAUCUCUGUGCAGCAAUGGAGGGCCUCCUGGCAAACCUUGUCCCCCCAUCACCUCAUCCAAUUCCUAUGGUAGCUAUGAAGUGGUAGGUGGGUCCUCUAACAAUUAUUUGAUCCCAGGUAUGACCUAUAAUAAGGGUAAAAUUUACCCUGUUGGCUACUUUUCCAAGGAGAACCCCCCCAAGGGUUCUGUAGGUGUCCCCAACUUUGCUGCUGGGCCCCCCAUCUCUGAGGGGAAAUACUUCUCCAACAACCCCUUUAUUUCCAGCCAUAAUUCUUACCAGUCAGGAAACGCUUCUCCGCUAAUUAUUUACCGGCCUGUGGGUACUGGUGGUGUCCAGACUGGGAGCUCUGGUAACUCUGUGCUUCAGCCUUGUGGGUCUGGUUCCCAAAUUUCCGUAGGGCCCUGUUCUUCCUCUUCCUCUUCCUCUUCCUCAAGCUCUGUGGUUCACAGUGGGUCUAGCAUGUCCAGCAGUUCCAUUUCUUCCCAUCCUUGUGGAAGUGGUUACCAAAGCUCCAAAGGACCUUGUUCCUCUUCUAGCUCCGGCUCCCUUAGUAGCUCCAAUGUGAUUUUCCAGCCUUGUGGGAGUGAUUCUACCUCUUCUGGCAAAUCUUGUGGGUCUCUGCUCUCUUCUUCCCUUGGAUCCAAAGGGAGUCAGAGUUUUGAGGGCUCCCCUCAAGUAGAUCCUUCAGCAGGGGCCAAGCCCUGUGGUUCUAGCAACUCUGGCAGCAUCCCCUGCCGUUCCAUUCGUGACCUCCUGGCCCAAGUGAAGCCAUUGGGGCCACAGUUGGCUGACCCUGAGGUUUUCUUGCCCCAAGGAGGGCCCCUUGAGAGUUCCUGAGUGCAUAUACAAGCACACACAUACUCUUCCAUCACCUUGGCAGUAUAAAGAUCUCAACAUGAUACUGGCUCUACUUUCUAUCCAAAAUUCAAGAGAUAUCCCAAUAUGGAAAAAGUUUCUGUAUCACCUUGGUCCCCCCAACCCCACUCCCUUCAUUUGUCAUAGUCAAUGAAUUUCACCCUUUGAUAUUCUUCCAACCAAAAGGAUCUGUUAGAAAAGUAAUUAAGCUUCUAUUUAGACAAUUAUUCAUCUAUUCCCUCCCUCCUGUCAAAGAUACAGUUUAUUCCUCCAAAGUGGUGGCAUCUAUGAUCUUGGCUAUAAGUCAAGCAUCCCUUCUAUCAAUCUCUCUUACAGCUCCCACUUCCCAACUUCUUUUCAAGUCCAUUUGGGUCAAGCUUAAUUUGUUACUUGUAUAUCUCAUUCUACUGCUUUGGAUCUUAAAGUAGUAGAGUUAUUUUAUCACCUUGACAGUGAACUAAAUAGUCCUUCAUGUACCUGGGAUAGAUGUUGGAGACCAAAUGCAUCAACUAUAUCCAUUCCUACCCCUUGUUUCCCAGCCAACUCACUACCUAACUACUCUUUCCUCAGACUUCAGAACUGUUCUGGAGAGGAGCGAGUAUUCUUAGAGAAUGGAGACAGUUCCCCACUGUCUCUGGAGCCUGGAACUGAUGAUAGAUCAAUAAAACAUAUACCAAAUUCCUA